GGACGCGUCAACCAAACGAACGAACUCUCUUGAUCCAGUCCAACCCACGCGUCCUUGCUCUCGCGACUCUACUGACCGCCUCGCCCGUUCCCCACCAACCUCAAGUCCCAAAAUGUCCGACAUCUCUGCCGCCACGCAGCCGCGCAUUGUCCCGGGCGCGCCUCCGCCCAUGCAGCUCUCCAAGUCCCAAAAGAAAAAGCGCAAGGCUGCCGCGGAGAAGAAGAAGGACGAGCCGCCUGCCCAGCAGGCCAUCCCGGACACGACCGCCGCGGCGCUCGUGGAGAAAGCCCCCGCGCCAGCGGAGGUGAAGGAGGGUGUAGUCGCCCCGGCCCUCGUCGCCCAGCCAUCCGCCGAUGAGGCGCUUGCAGAGGACUCUUUCAAGCUCAGCCCCAUCAUCAAGAUCAUUGACAAGCGCCUGAAGGCGACGACAAAGAAACUGACUCGUAUACAGACCUACAAGGAGAUCGAGCAGUCGAAGCUGAACGAGGACCAGAAACGAUCGCUCGCAUCUUUGCCCGCCUUGGAGGCCGUGCAGAAGGAGCUCGGCGAAGUGAAGAAGGCUGUAGAGGUUCACGAAGCGGAGCUCGCACACGAGCUUGCUGAGCAGAAGAGGGCAGCUGAGAAAGCUGAGCAGGAGCGCAAGACUGCCGCUGUUGCCGCUGCGGAAGCCGCGAUCAUCGAGAACGUCUCCGAGGUCUUGUCGUUCCUUCGCAUGCGCUCCCUUCUGCCUCAGGGCGCCUUCGAGAAUCUCUCUGUACAGCUCGACCAGGCUGAAGGCUCUGCUGUCUUCGCUGUUGCCGACAUCCUCACUGGUCAGGAUGGCGAGCAGAAGCAGACUGUCCUGAACGCCAUCGUACGUGGCGAAGGCCAGUAUGAGGGUGUGCCAUACACUCGCCUCUUCGAGAUCACAAAGCAGGCUUUCGCGCCCGCACCUGCACCAGAACUCCAGCCAACGGGCCCGGAGGCAGAAGACCUGGCGGUCGAACCUGAGGCCGCGCCAGAGCCAGCGGUGACCUCGGCCGCCCCUAUCCCGACCACGGGCAGCUUCCACUUCAUGCAAGAGAGCGAGCUCGAGCAGCCGUCCGACUCUUUCGAGAAGGACGCACAUUGGGUCGAUCACGCAGAGGCUGUACCAUCCGAGACCGAUGCGCCUGCAGUGAAUGGGCAGGAGGAGGUCAAGGAGGCACCCACGCCGACGAUGGAUUGGGCUGCUGAGGAGGACGAAGGCGGCCUUCCGUCUAUCAACGAGUUGCACUCGACGUUCGGCACCUCUGGCUCAGCAACGCCAGCUACCGCGGGCGGCACGGGUAACGGCACGCCGGCCUAUACGGGCGCUGGUACUCCAGCAGAAGCCGCCGCGGCGCCUGUAGAGGCACGCGCAGAUACCACUGUCAACGGCGCGCCGAAACCACCCACCGAGGAGGACGACGGCUUCCAGCAGGCCAGGAGCGGUCGCGGCGGACGCGGUCGUGGCGGCUUCCGCGGCGAGCACGGCGGCGAAUACGGUAGCUUUCGUGGGCGGGGUGGGUUCAGGGGCGACCACCGUGGAGGAUUCAGGGGAGAGCGCAGCGACUUCCGCGGUGGUCGUGGUGGGCGCGGCGGCUUCCGCGGUCGUGGCGAGAGCGGCGAAUUUCGUGGGCGUGGGCGUGGGGGGUACGACCGCAACGAGCGCGGUGGUGGGCACUACGAGCGCGGACGGGGUCGGGGAGGCUUCCCUCCUGCGAUUGUCCCGCAAGCGCAGAUCGCGUAAGUGAUAUGCCAGAUGUUCGCCGGGUCUCGCUGCCCGCGCCGUGAGACAUGUUCAGGAUGCUGAGACUGUAUGCCGACAGAACUUGACGCCUGAAAGCACGAGACGAAUGACGAUGAAUUGCAGAUGACGAGGUCUGCACUUGUUAAGUUACAUAUCGUAUCCUAGUCUUGUUAUAACACCUAUAUCAUACACUUAUUUCCUGUACAUCUUGAUCUCAUUGAUGGGAUCCUCUCAAUCUAUACAGAGAGGCAGGAGCACACGACUUCACGGGGACCGAACUCCCAUGCAGGUGAAGUCUACGUUUCCGUCGCUGCGUAUUAUUUGAUAGCGUGUUGAGACGCAGACUGUGUUACUGAUCGAAACGACACGCACUCUGAAUAGAACAUGUAGACGAUACAUUGGCAUGUGCGAAUUCGCUUCUAA